CUUUAUAAACAAGACAAACCCUUCACCAACACUUCACUUCAUUCACCCUCCAUUAUUAUUAUUAUUCUCUUCUAUUCUAUCCUCCACUACUUUACUUUCUCCAAAGUUAUCAUCACAAUCAAUCUCACAAACCCUACAACAUGCCUAACCAACAUUUCCUCACUUUGUUCUUCUUCAUUCUCCUCUCUUGCAACACCCUCACUUCAUCAUCGUCGUCGUCAUCAUCAUCAGAAAAAGAUGACACUUUCGAUUUUGUUCGUCCGAUAGACCGCAAAUUAUUAGGCCUACACAAGAAAGAAAAACUAAGUCAUUUCAAAUUCUAUUGGCAUGAUAUCUUAAGUGGAAAAAACCCAACUUCAAUAUCAAUUAUUCCUCCAACAAUAAACUCAACAACUGCUUUUGGUUUAACACACAUAAUUGAUAACCCUUUAACUUUAGGACCUCAAUUAAGUUCCAAACUUGUUGGAAGAGCUCAAGGAUUCUAUGCAUCUGCUUCACAAGUUGGACUUGAUUUUCUUAUGGCUAUGAAUUUUGCUUUCAUUGAAGGAAAGUAUAAUGGAAGUAGUAUUACUAUUUUGGGAAGGAAUCCUGUCCUUAAUAAGGUUAGGGAGAUGCCUGUUGUUGGUGGUAGUGGUCUUUUCAGAUUUGCUAGAGGGUAUGCACAAUUUAGUACUCAUUGGAUUGAUCUUAAAACUGGUGAUGCUUCUGUUGAGUACAAUGUUUAUGUUUAUCACUAUUAAUUAAUUAAUGAUGGUUAAUUAAUUAUUGUUGUUGUUAAUUAUUCUAGGAUUUGUGUGUGUUACAUUUUAUUGUUGUCAUUGAUUGAUCUAUCUACUAUGUAUCUGAAAAAAGAAAUAGCUAUUUAUACAACAUUGUCAAAUUCAAAGAUUAUGCUUAAAUAUU